CGGAGCGUGCGCCCCGCUCAGCGCUCCUCCGCGGUAGUAUGCCGGCGCUCCGGGGCCGGCCAGCUCGCGCGCGCCUGCCCUCGCAGCGCGCCACCGCCGCCCGCCCAGCGCGCCCCGUUACCUCGUAACGCACGAUAUGCGUUACACGACUCUACGCCGGAAUGUAAAUAUUUAUGGAUGUCAGUUUUCAGUUGUUUAGAUCGGCUGUGAAAUUCAAGUGAGAGCAAGCGAGGCGGCGACCGGCUGGCGACGCCGCGGAUGUCGCUUCUGGGCAAGCCGCUCAGCUACCGCGCCACGCGACGCGACGCGCGCUACCGACGUUUGCAGUCCAAGUUCUACAACUUCCUUGAACGGCCAAGGGGUGUGAAGGCCGUCCUGUAUCAUAUGAUUGUGUUCCUGAUGGUGUUCAUGUGUUUGUCGCUGUCCGUAUUCUCCACAAUCGAAGAGUACGAGGCGAAGGCUGGGAUCAUUUUAUUCUACAUGGAGACUGUAGUUGUUGUCUGGUUCGCAAUAGAAUUUUUUUUAAGGUUAUGGUCGUCAGGAUGCCGGUCGCGGUACCAAGGGUCUAUGGGGCGCCUCAAGUUCUUGAGGCGACCAUUCUGCAUUAUAGAUGUCACGACUAUCCUGGCCUCAAUGGUUGUGCUGGGUAUGGGUUCCUCGGGGCAGGUGUUCGCGGCGUCGGCACUGCGAGGCCUGCGGUUCUUCCAGAUCUUGCGCAUGGUUCGGAUGGACCGGCGCGGCGGCACCUGGAAACUUCUAGGCUCAGUUGUUUACGCACACAGACAGGAAUUGAUAACUACGCUUUACAUAGGAUUCCUGGGACUGAUAUUCGCAUCAUUCUUAGUUUAUUUAGCGGAAAAAGAUGUCGCCGAUACAAAGUUUAAAAACUUUGCCGAAGCUUUGUGGUGGGGAGUUAUCACGCUGUGCACGGUGGGGUACGGCGACAUGGUCCCGCAGACCUGGCAGGGUAAAUUCAUCGCAUCCUUCUGCGCUCUCCUCGGGAUAUCAUUCUUUGCACUACCCGCUGGUAUUUUAGGUUCAGGUUUCGCUUUGAAAGUACAACAACAGCAACGGCAGAAGCAUAUGAUCAGGAGACGACAGCCAGCGGCCACCCUCAUACAGGCAUUGUGGAGGUGUUACGCCGCAGACGAACACUCAAUGAGCAUAGCGACGUGGAAGAUUCACCAAAUUCCCCUGCCGAGUCCACAGACUAGUCGGGUGAUGAGUGCAUCAUUCAAGAACAAUGCGUCCUUUGUUUCGCGGUUGCCGACUAUCCGUCGGCACAAGAGUACCUCCCUGCACUCCCCCGCGCCGCACUCCAAGCCCGCGCAUCGAUACGACGUCAACGCCAGUGCAGAAAACCUUGGCGCUACCAACGGCCGCUCAGGGCGCACUCGGGCUAUCAACCCUUCCUUCAGCGAGGACUCGGUGGCGGAGACGGCGCUCUCCAAGAGAACCUCCGACGACGAGGACGAGGAGCCACGCUGCGUCACGUUGACUCCGCGUCACAAAGCUGCCAUUCGUUUUAUAAGAAAGCUCAAGUAUUUUGUCGCACGCAAGAGAUUUAGAGAAGCCUUGAAACCUUAUGACGUGAAAGACGUCAUAGAGCAAUACUCGUCGGGACACGCUGACCUCCUAAACCGAACCAAGAACCUCCAGUACAGGUUAGAUCAAAUUCUUGGAAAGCAAGGUUCCAAGGCAAAGGACGUCUAUGCAUCCAAAAUCAGCCUAGCUUCCAGAGUAGUAAAAAUAGAAAGACAAGUAGAUGAUAUAGAAAGUAAAAUAGAUCAUUUAUUAGAAAUGUAUGAAGAAGACAGACGGUCAAUGCGAAGGAUAGAUGGUUUACACGGAGGCGCAGACAGUGGGGCGUCUGGUGAUAUGCAACACAGGAUGCGGCCAGCCCUGACUGAGAAACAAUGUUCAGAGCCCAACUCGCCCAUUUCACGAACCUUUGAACCACCCGCCCCAGUGGCAGCACCACCAGUGCCUCAUAAACGACCGAUGAACAGGGGCUACUCUGAUCUAGGAACUAGAUUUAUGCGGAAAAAAGUCAUUGUCAAAACAUCUUCUAGUCGUUGCUGCGAAUCGCCAAGAGAUGAUGAAGUAGUAAUAGUGGUACCCACAGACCGGGAAGAUACACCACCGAGGCUCGUGACGGACAGUUCAGAGGUUUGUCCGAGCUGUUCAGUAGAGGUGGAGACGGAGGCGGAGGUGGGAGGCACUCGGUCGGACAGCUCUGGGUCUCCCUCGUGGUGUGAGGGCGAGGCGGGAGAUGAACGAGGGUACGGCUCCGGCGACUCCCUGGCUGAGGACGCUGCCCUGCUGGGCGAUACCGUCCAACCCGACCAUCACCCCCGAAUAUUGCGACCACAGAGACGGGAUGUCGCCGUCGACCUACAUCUCCUACGGCCGGACGUAUGAGCCCCACCAAUAUUUACAAAAACAUUGGCGUUCCGAACGCUAAUAACAUAGUGUGUGCUCAGAGUUGCAUUCGCACAAAAUUCGCAUAAAGUUUGCUGCUAUGUCACAAUUUUCUCAAAACUAUUUUAAAUAUAUAAAAAAAAAGUUUGGUGCAGUGUGGACUUAAUAAAUUAAUUAUACAACGAUAUUAGUGAAAUUUAAUUUUUAUUGAUUCCAAUUGUAAUAAUGAUGUCGUUUAAGGUAUUGUAUAAAGAAUAAAGACUCGAUGUAGACAUUAGAUGGUAGCAAUUAAGUAAAUCUAAAGAUAAAAUUUUUCAAUACAUUUGCUUAUAAAGCGCUUGUUAAACCAUUAAAUAUUUCUAAAUGUAGGUAAUAGUGCAACACAAACCUGCUUAAUUUAUUACACAUUUUCGAAGUAAAUAUUCUCUUUCUUCAUAUCACAUGAACACAGGAAUUGAGUUUUUUUACCUUGAAUUUUAACUUUUAUGAUAAUUUAAAGGAAUAUGAUUGAAAUUAUAUAGCACUUUAAUGGUGAUUCAGAAAUGUAAUAGUGGAAAGCGACAUAUGGAAGUGUGAUUUGAGUAUUAUGCUAAUUACACUUCUGUAGCUAACUACUAAGAAGCAACUAAUAGAAACCAUCAUCAAAAGAAUUUGCAACGUUGACCUCGAGUGUAAUAAUAACAAACUUUCCACACGUGUAGAUACUGUAAGUAAUAGGUUUCAUUAAAACGCUAUAUUGCUUAUAAAAAGCUUAGACAUAUUGUUGACAAUGUGUAAAUAUUUAGCGGUUUUUCAAAUUUCAUUACAAAUGUAAAAGACAAAGUAUUGGAAAUGUUAAAUGUUUUUUUUUUAAGAAACAACUAAAGGCAAGGGAAAUGAAAAGUUUUUGUGAAUUAAAAAUAUGUAUAAUAUAAGUGAGAAUGUUUUACUCUCAAAGUAGCUCACGAGCUUGAUAUUUGAAAAACUGCUGGUGUUUACGGUAAGGUACGCUCUGUAAAAAAGAGGCUUCUAUUAGUUAAUUUAGGUUUUUAUAGAAUAAGACAACAAGGUGUGGAAAUUACCCUAUUUUAUCUUUUGCAAUAUCAAUCCUUUUUGGUAGAUUCAAUAGUCAGGUGCUUUAAAAUGAUUUGGCAUGCUUUUUACCGAAUAGUAUUUAGGUACUUAUAUUUAAGUAGAUUUAUUAUUAAAAUCUGUAAACUAUAUGUAAGUAAAUAUGCACUCCAAACGACUACCAAUCGACUUAUCUAUGUAUUAAAUUUAACAACGAAUCGAAUCUGCCAAAGUGGAUUUUGUAGUUGCAAAAGAUAAUAUUAGGUGUUGGUUACAAUGUUUGGUGGAAAAAUAAUAACUUAUUUACAGUAAUACAAAGUGAUUACUUAUUUACUUAUAAAAAUACAGUUGAAACUUAUUUGUUUACAUAAAUAUAUGAUGCUAAAUAAUUAAUGUAUCUACCCUCAAGAACGAAAUAACAUCUGUAAGUAGGUAUAAUCUGUUAUUUAUGAUUUUAUUUUAACAAAUAAACUGUGAUAACAUUUUUCAGUUAAGUAUAUAGUUACUUUAGAGCUUAUCAGUUCAGCACUUAUAUAAAAAAGUAACAAUAGAAAUAAACGCACCAGUACGUUCAAAACUAUUUAUGAUUUACGAAACAUUUAAAUUCUAACGUCCACGUCUUUGUUGACGUCUUUUUAGAGAAUAGAAAAUAUUUAUUAUUUAUUGAAAAACAAUACCAAUAAAAUCAGUAGUAGGUACAUCAAUUAAACUGUUACCAAUGAAUUUCACAAGCAAAUCUUCAAAAUUUUUGAAAGUUUAUUUUCUGCGAGAUUCUACGGGAAUAGAUUCUGUUAAUUAAAUUAUAAGCAGCUUCUCGAACUUGAUGGUUUGGGAACUCGUUCAUUAACUGGCCGUGAGGAUCAAGCACACAGAUUGACCAAAUUCAGUUUGGUCAUCUGGGGGCUUGUUCGCUUUUCUAUGGGUAUAAGGCCUGACUCACUGUCUUCCAGGCUUUGGGUAAAUCCUAAUUAAAGGCCGCACCGUAAACAUUUUAAUCGAUUGGCAUAAAAAUGAGAACUUUUUCAAAUAGAUUUAUUAACGUCCUAAUAGUAACUAUUAAAAUCGUUAUGUAAUAUAAAAAUAAUAAAGUAAAUACAUACAUAGUAUCAUCUAAUUGUAAAAAUUUAAGGAGUGUAGUGCUGCUUGCCAAUUAUAAAUAAUACCUACUUAUCGGUUAUUUUUUACACCAAAAUUUGUAUUGUGAUUUGGAACAGAAUAACAUAUUUUAACUUGGAUUUAACAUACUCGUAGUCUAAAGCUUUGAUACUCGUAGGUACAUCUCUUUGCAAUAAAACUGCAUCACUAAUUUAAAUUAAAACUGGGAGUUGAAAAACCGCGAGGCGAUUCGAAAAAAGCAUGUUUGGUUCCAUUGCGAUUGAAGACAAAAUAUUACGUAUAUUCACUGUAUAAACAUUGCUUACACACAAACUAUCUCUAGGUAGAGUUAUCUGUCUUUCACAAAAUUCUAUUCAUUUUUAUUCGGGAGCGUUUUAAGGUGAUCUAUCAUCCUAUUGUUGGUAUACCCAUUUCAUUAAGAUACCUUUACAUUCCUAUAUUGUAUGGGAGUACAGAACCUUUAAAAACCUAUCGAUAAGUCUAUAUUUUUCUGAGGCCCAAAAAUGAAUUGUAGAAUUUUGGAAAAAAUUCCUUUAUGAUGCAGAUUUAUUACAUACGAGCUUAUCUGACUUCCUGAAAAAUCCUAAACAUGAACCAAUUUUUAAAAAUUUUGGACACAUUUCUUAAAAAUGCAGGGUAUACAUUUGCCUGACAUUCAAAAUAAUAAUUGUAAGUAUUUUAAUAUUAUUAUCUAAUUAAAUAGUGUCACAUAACAGUCGCCAGGUUUACACUGGUUUUCACUUGAAUUUUAGGGCUUUUGCCUAGUUCAGCGUUCAUACUGACAGCUAAAAUGGGACCUAGAUCUGCCUAUAAAUACCUAUAGUACUACCUAUAAUAAUUAUUUUUAAAUUGUAGGAAGCGCGAACGAAGGGUUUGUGUACAUAGCAAUACCGUCAAUGACUUGUGUAAUGGUCCAAUGUUAUAAUAUUAAAUAACAUACUACUUUUUAUCAUUUAAAUAUAAACGUACGGUACGUAGUAAAUAUCUACUUUGAUUUAUAUACUGAAGGAGUUAUAUGUAUAUGUAUCACCUGUAUCAUUAUAAAUACAUUUUGUAGUAGGUACACGAGUGUAAAUUUUAAAGUGGAUUCUGACCGGCAUAAGGAGGCUUAAAUUCAAUAUCACAUUUAAAACAUUAUAUACUUGAUCCGAUUAUCGUAUCCAACGCUUAUCUUGAUUGCAUGUGUGGACACUGGACAAGUAUCAGUAAUGAUACAUGGUCUCGAUACACCGCUCUGAUACGUUAUAGCGAUUUGGCCGAAUCUCUUGUCCGAUCAAGAUCAUCAUGGGUGCUGAUACAGAAAUGGUCGUUUAUGAAAUAAUGGUGCGAUAAGGUGUAAACUGAAAAGACGUCCACAAUGAGAUACGAAGUUUGAUACGGUGAUCGGUGUAUCGCUGUCAACUGAGAGCUACGUAUUCAAUCGCGUAAAAGUAAACUUGAAUUUAUAUGGAAUUCACACAACUUACGGGUUUUCUGGCUAUAAUAUAUAUAUUUCACAGUAUUAAUUCCAUCCAAAUCAAUACAAAGUUUACUUUUACGCGAUCGAAUAGGUAGAUAUCAGACUCGCACACAUUUACAUGGAUCGGGCCAAUGAUACAAAGGACCAAUGACGACCGUGGACAAUCCAGUUUAAUAGGAGACUGGGACGAUCAAACGUAACGUUUACCUAACAUUCGUUACGAAAAUGUCGUAACGUUGUUACGAUAAUCCGUAAUAACGAGCGAAUAGUUACUCGCUUGUAUAAACAUGCUAUGUUACGCUACGCCCCGUAACGCUGGUCAGUACCUACCUACCCAAAUUUGUGUGGUCCGUAUGUAUUUUUAAUAGGCAUGUUUUUCACUGUGUCGAGAAGUAAAAAUUAAAUAUAUUAUCUGUUUGUUAUUUUCAUAUACUUUUUUUAACUCUUAAAAAAUCAAAUAUAAUUCUUUGCUUUUUUAAUUUAACGUUUUUUAUUUAAAUAUAUACAUUUCGGACCUUUUACACUCGUUUGUAUAGUAAUAUAAAUAUUCAGCUGUUAUUUGUUGUUAUACUAUCUCAAUAAAAGGUAUAUUAUAUCUAAAAAUGCAAUAUAUAGUAUUAUGAAGUAAUAAGCACUAUUCUUCGAAACUAAUAUACCUAUGUGUAGUCACAAUUUCCUACGUAUACAAGCAGAUAUUUUUGUGAAUAUUUGUAUACUUACCUAUCUAUUUGUAUUUAUAAAUGAAAAUUACUAAUGCGUCUUUAUUAAACAGUCAAGGAAUCAACAGUACCUAUCCUAAUAAUGAGGAAUUGAUGAGUAGUAGGUUAACAACAAAGGUAAAUUGGUAUUUUUACGAAUUUUCUAAAUGUAUGACACUGUAUAUUGUAAAACCAAGUAUGGAACAUUCAGGCGUUAAACAUAGAUACACAAAUUAUUGAUCUCAGAUCUCGCCUUCAUACAUCUAUCUAAUAUGAUGGUACCUUUAUAAUAAUAUUUUAUAUUAAAUAAUUGAAGCCCGAUAAUAUAUUUUCACUUAUCUCUUCUUGCUAGAAAAGAUAGCUGAAAAAUAAAUAAUUACAAAAUUGAUCCUGAAGGCCACUACGAGUAUUAAAUAAUGUUUACAGCAGUUACCAUAGGGCAAGGCAUGGAAUUAUUAUUAAUAAAAAUGUUUAAGUUUUCCAUAAAAUAAAUAGCCCUCAAAGUUUCUGUGCCAAAAUUCAUGAUGAUCGGUUCAUAUGAUGAGUUGUCAAUUGGUAAAGAAUAAAAAAACGGACACUAAAACGCCUAUACUAUGUGCGCUGUAGCAUGGUGCGGCUGACAGUUGCCUGACGCUCAUAAUACGUAAUAUUAUCGUAAAACGCGGCAUACUUUCGAGAGUGAAACGAACUGUCACCCGCAUCAUGCUAUAGCGCACGAACUGUACGAUAGCUUUGUUUUUAAAAUAGGAAUAUUAUUAGUAUAAUCUAUACUUUAAUAAUAAUUACUACAUACGUAUCUUAUAAUUGCAACCUAAAAAUGGCACCAUUCUAUAUGCCCAUGACACUAAUUUAAUUUUCGAAUUCAUCAGUAUUUUUUCUUAUUUUUGCAACAUUAUUUAAAGUCGAAGGUGUGGUCUUAUGUGGUCAUUUUAGAUUUAUAAAUAAAGACACCUGUAUAUAUAUAAUGUACAUUUGUGAUUUAUAUACUGGGUGUAGUGUAUCUAUGAACUAUGUUUCUCAGCAGACAUUGAUAUUUUCUUCAUAAUUUUGUUAAGAUGUAAAUAAAUUAAGAAAUUCAGAUUUUAAAUUUCACUUAGGUAUUUAAUUAUUUAGAGAUAAAAACUACAGUUAAUGAUUAUUUUUUGUGUUUCGAGCAAUUUUCGCUAAUGUUAGAAAAACUAAUUUGCGUUAUUCUUAUGUAAUUUGCAGGUAUUAGAUAAAACUUGAAAUUUAAUUUGUAAUGAAAGUUAUUUUUAUAUUGUACGGAAAAAAUGAUUAAAAACUGUAAUGGUCAGAAUUUUCUUUUUUUUUUGAGGCCUUUAUUGAAGCUUUCUUGUUUUAUAUUCCCAGAAUAACAGCAGGCCUACUCAAAGGAAAAAGUCUAAAAGUAAUCAGAUUUUCACUUUAAAUGGAACAACAUAUUUUAAUUUUGGACAAAGUAGGUACCUAUUGACUAAUGUUAAAUAAUGUUCUAAAUAUUUUAAGUAACUAGCAGACCCGGUCAAGCUUCGCUUUGACUUAUGUGCACUUCUUCCCUAUCCCUACUCUACACUACUCUACACUACUCUACCCCUACCCUAUCCCUACCGAGUAGGGUAGGGAUAGGGUAAGGGUUGACUUAAACGUAACCGUAAAGAGUUGUUGUUAUGGUUUUCCCGGCAAUCAUUCUAAUUUUUCUCAUCAUUCUUCUCUCAUUCGUGACAACAUUUCAAGAUUAAUCCGUUCAGCCGUUCUCGAGUUUUAGCGAGACUAACGAACAGCAAUUCGUUUUUGUAUACAGAUACAUUCGCUGUUAUCUGGCGUCUCUUUCUGCUAUCUUUUUUUUGCGAUGUUUAUUGAUUUUACGUAUUUAUAAAGUAAAAACAAAAAACUUCUUCAAAUACUACUCCCUCGACUCCAGUGAUGAGUAUCAGACGGUUUUCAAUCAUGUUUUCUAUUUGUGACGGUAGUAAUUCCUAAUUGUUUAGAUACUGUUAUAAUAUAGAUAUUAAGCUUAACUGCAUUUUGAUUGGUAUCGGAGUUGUUAUACCUACAUACUUACUUACUUAAUAGUAAUUUAUUCAGAAUAUUUAAAUAAAUUUUAAUAGUUUAAAAAAUAAUAAAAAUUUUAAUAAAAAAAAUAUAACCGACUUCAAAACCUAAAAACGUACCCACUAAACUAAAAAGCGAAAAAUAACAUCAUAAUAUGUUCUACCUGCUGAUCAGUAUGAAGGCGGUGCUAAGCCGGUGAUGUAUUAAUUCAAGCCAUGUUAUAGAUUUAGAUUUUGCAGACAGUGUUGUUUCAUGUGGUCCUGUCAGAAAUGGCUUAAAUUAAGACAACACCGGCUAAGCACCGACUUCAUACUGAUCAGCAGGUAGAACAUAUUAUGAUGUUAUUUUUCGCUUUUUAGUUUAGUGGGUACGUUUUUAGGUUUUGAAGUCGGUUAUAUUUUUUUUAUUAAAAUUUUUAUUAUUUUUCCAUUUUUAGUGUAAAAUUUCAUCUCAAACGAAUACACAUUGACCUUGGUCUUCAUCAUCAGACCCCUAAUAACAGACACAACUCAUCUAGGCAGAAAGUUCUCAGUAAUACGAAUUAAUCAAGGCCAAACACAAGGUAGUUACUGUAAAUUGUUAAGGAGUUCCCUUAAUUGUCCUUGGUCUUCAUCACCAAACCCCUAAAUGACAGUCACAACCUAUCUAUGUGGAAAGUUCUCAUUAAUACAAAUCAAUCAAGCCCAAACACAAGGUAACUGCUGUAAAUCGCCGAGGAGUUCCCUCGUCAGUUUUUUGGCUCCAUCAUCAGAUCGAUUUUAAACCUUCAUGAAAUUGUAGUGCUUAAAAGUACUAAAUGGAAAAGUUUACGAACACACUAAACACCCAUAUAAUUUUCGAAAGUUCCCCUCAAUUUCUCCAGGAUUCCAUCAUCAGAUCUUGACAUGAUGGCAAUGGGACCAAAUGGGGACUAUACCGUUUCAAACAAAAAAAGAAUUUUUGAAAUCGGUCCACGCGUCUUUGAGUAAUCGGUGUACAUACAUAAAAAAAAAAAAAAAAAAAAAAAAUACCGACCAAAUUGAGAACCUCCUCCUUUUUGAAGUCGGUUAAAAAUGAAAAUGCUUUGUAUCUGCAAUAGGUAAGUAAGUAAAUAGAUAACAAUUGAUUUAUUGUGUUGACCGUUUUUCUGAAUUAACAUAAACCGAUCAAACCCAAA